UUUCAAGUGGAGCACGAAAUAAAUUUAAACGCAUAUAUAUGUAUAUGUAUAUAUAAAUGCACAUUGUUGAUGUUCUGUGAUCUAUAUUUAACCAACAUGCAAAAAUCAUUUCGACCGUGUGUAUGUUCAGUACCAGUGAGCAUACCGCGAAACAGCUGUUGAAGUCAAAACGAUUUGAAAUAUGUACUAGUGACAUAAGCCGGGUCAACAUGGAACCUGUGAUAAAAUAUCAACGUAUAGUGCAGCGCUAUUUUCCUUAGAAUUUUGUUUCACAAAUGUCACAGGACAAUGACGCGCUUGAAGAUCCAGAUGAUGAAAUUUUUUGUAUUUCUGUUGAUCUUUUUGGCUACACAAAGCACAGUAUGCGAUGGAAAUUUUAGGAUAAACAGGAAUGCACCUGAACAGAGGUUAAUAGGAAAAAGUGUUAAUGAAACCUCCAACAAUGUUAACACGCACACUCCGUCAAAUGGACAACAAAAAGAGCACCAAAAUGUAGUAUCACUUGACGACACGAUGACAAAUCCUGAAAAUAAUAAAACGUUAAAUAAUAUAACCUUAAAGUCGUCGGUAGAUAAUAAGACUACUAAUACCACAGAACCACGAAAAGAGCAUGAAGGUAUAGGACAUCCGACUACUUUAAAUACUGGAGCUUUGAAGCGUGGUAUUUAUGUGUUUAUUGGCCUAAGUGUUCUUAUCAUGGCCUAUAUCAUGUUCCGUAAUCUUAGGUUAAAUAAAACACGUGCGCAAAUGGUCAGAAAGUAUGGUAUCCUCGCAAACAGACAAGAUGUUGAAAUGAGACCAUUACCAUUGGAUGAGGAAGAUGACGAGGAUACUACUGUCUUUGAUGCCAGUAAUAUUCUCUCUAACAACAUUCGACAUCAGAGUUUAUAAAAAUAAUCAACAUUAUGUAUGUUGAUUAUAUUACUAUAUAAAUUCUUUGUUUAAAUACCAAAUUCUUUCACAAAUAUGGUGUUACACAAAAAUGAAAAUUGUACACCAUAAAAAUUUGGGCAUACAAACAUUUCUUAUAUUUUUUCACAUAAAAUUGCUUGCUUGCAUAUGAAAAAUUCUAUUAUAAAGUAUGCAUUAAACAAUGCACUUAUCUUUACGAAUUAUGCUUUCCAGCAAUAGGUGUACUUGUCAGACAAAAAUGAGAUGUUUUUAUGAAAUGUCUCUAAUUCCUUAACAUAAGUAAGUGAUACAAGAAAACUUGACACAACCGUUGUUUAUAAAUGAAUAAAUAAUGGGUGUCUAUAACUCUUAUACAAAUUAUAUUUUAAUUAAACUAUGUUGUUAUAAUUGAAAUUAUACAAAUACAGAUUGUCUCUAUUUUAUUUAAUGCUACACAUUUAAUA